AUAGUCCAGAGACCAUUUAAAUGAAUCACCCACAGCUUGUGCUGAACUCAGGCCUAUGUCGUGCUAGAUAUUUGAAACAUACAGUAUAUUAGAUGCCACAUUCUUUUAAAGCAAGGAGGAAAAGUUAUGGGGCCCCAAAGGAAGACGAAUGAAUGAGCACAUUGAUUAACCGAGUGAAUGCACUGACUGUUGGUCGGUUACAAACGUAUUAUGUCACAAAGAAGCACAUGUCUUGUCGAAGAAGGCAAAGCAAAAUAUUUUUUUCUUGAGAGCUUUAUUCCAAGUGGCCCUGAGGACGUGUGUGAAGCCCAUCCCACUCCUUCCCCUAAAUCCACUGCGCCUGCUGUAACACAGGAGGCGUUUGGCGCUGGAUUUGCCGGCUACCUAACAUUCAGCCAGCCUCUGUGAAAUCCAGGUAUGCAGAUGCCCUUUAUGUAGGCGUACCGCUGCAGACACAAAGGAACUCGCUUCACUUUUUUUCUAUUUUAAGGUGACCGCCUUCACCAGCGCGUCCCCCGCCGCUGGCCAGCCUGUGUGGCUGUAGGCAGCGUGAACAUCGCUCUUUUCCUGGAUAUUCGGCUGUGUGUAUUUCAUUGAGAGCGGCCAACACAGGCUCAGAUGGACUAUUGAUAAGUUUUUAAUCAGAUUGAUGGUCGUUGCGUCAACGGAGGGAAGUCGGAGCUGCCAAAUUGCCCGCGAUCGAGCUGAUCUCUUAAUGGACCGCUGAAUUGUUAAAUGACACGGCGAUGAAUGUUGUGAUUUCUCUCCCGUGAUACAAGAUAGCUUAUCCGGAGCUGCAGCAGCUGCCUGCCUGUCGCUUUUAUGCAUAGCCUUUGCAGGGUCAAGAUGCAGUUUCGGACUGUGCUGGACGUGAAAGUCGUGGACGUGGAGAAGAGGCGCAAUCCGUCUAAACACUACGUAUAUCUCAUCAAUGUCACCUACUCUGACAACACCUCCCACAUCAUCUACAGAAGAUACAGCAAAUUCUUUGACCUACAGAUGCAGAUACUUGACAAGUUCCCAAUUGAGGGAGGGCAGAAAGACCCAAAGAAGAGGAUCAUCCCGUUUCUCCCAGGCAAAAUCCUGUUCCGGAGGAGUCAUGUUCGAGACGUGGCCAUGAAGCGGCUGCGUUUCAUCGACGACUACUGCAGGGCGCUGGUGCGACUCCCCCCUCAGAUUUCUCAGAGCGAGGAGGUGCUGCGCUUCUUUGAGACGAAAACUGAGGACAUCAACCCCCCAGUGGAGGACUAUGGCUCCAAGCGCAAGUCGGUAUGGAUGUACGGCUUUACAGACAGCCCGAGGAAAGAGGCCUCAGGGAUUGACAACUUGGAACCUAUGGUGCUGGAGCAGUACGUGGCGGUGGCCAACUACGAGAGGCAGGAGAACUCGGAGAUCAGUCUCAAGGCUGGCGAGACGGUGGACGUGAUCGAGAAGAGUGAAAGUGGUUGGUGGUUUGUCAGCACAGCAGAGGAGCAGGGCUGGGUGCCGGCCACAUACCUGGACUCCCAAAAUGGAACUAGAGACGACUUGGAUCUGGGCACUUCCAGGACUGGAGAAGUUACUAAGAGACGCAAGGCCCAUCUGAAGAGGCUGGACCGCCGCUGGACUCUCGGGGGUAUAGUCAACCGCCAGCAGAGCAGAGAGGAGAAAUAUGUGACGAUACAGCCGUACACCAGUCAAGGAAAGGAUGAGGUCAGCUUUGAGAAAGGGGUCACCGUGGAGGUCAUCCAAAAAAACCUGGAGGGCUGGUGGUACAUCAGACAUUUAGGGAAAGAGGGCUGGGCCCCUGCCUCCUACUUGAAAAAGGUGAAAGAGGACUUCUCCCCCCGCAAGAAGACCUUGACGGGCCCUGUGGAGAUCAUUGGCAACAUCAUGGAGAUCAGCAACCUGUUGCAAAAGAAGUCAGUCAGCGAGAAGGACAUCCAGACAGACGGCGAGGGUAGCACCACACCGGAGCGCCACAUCUCCAAGAGUGAAAUCAGCUUGCCCAUGCCCUAUAACUCUGAAAUCAAUGCUGAAACGGGCAGGAGGCUGAGUGCAGGCCGUGACACCAACAGUCCAUGUCUGGGAAUAGCAGCGAGUGCUGCCCUAAAUGAAAAUAAAGGGAGAGGUGAGCCGGGGUCCCCAGCUGUUGCACGCGUGGCACCGCAUAGAGUGGAAAUUGGCUUUGAUGCAAUAGGGUCUCCAAAUCUGAGACAAAAACCUCCACCAAGAAGAGACACCAACUUGGGAUUCCAGUUACCCAAACCACCAGAGCCCCCUGCUGUGGAAGCAGAGUAUUACACUAUAGCAGAUUUCCAGUCCUCGAUCUCUGAUGGCAUCAGUUUCCGUGGAGGACAAAAGGCUGAUGUGAUAGAGAAGAACCCCGGAGGCUGGUGGUACGUGCAGAUUGGAGAGAUGGAGGGCUGGGCCCCCUGUUCCUACAUCGACAAACGCAAGAAGCCCAACCUCAGCCGUCGAACCAGUACCCUGACCCGACCCAAAGUCCCACCCCCAGCUCCACCUGUCAAAAAACAAGACUCUGAGGAGGCUCCCCCUCCCCCUAACUCUGCCUCCAAAGUCUCAGAGUCACCCAGCAGACCUGUGUACGAAGAACCCGAAUAUGAUGUUCCUGCAAUUGGAUGUGAAGGUGAAUCGGACACAGAUUCUCUGAAGGAUGAGCGCUCCCUGGAUGUGAAGAUCAGCAGUGUAGUCAGCAACAAGUACCGCAGUUCCCCUCCUUCCAGCAAAGCCUCUCCUCCUGUCUGCAAGGCAUCUCCAGUUUUUAGCCAUCGAAGGACCUCCUUUAGAUCUGUAGAAGAGGUUGCUAAAGAGGAGUGUAUCUAUGAGAACGAUGGUUUUAGGCCAAGCAGUGGCAUUGAAGGAACCAAAGCCAAAGGUUCCAGUGAGCCCAACUCCCCAAGGAGCUAUCAUUCCUCUACAGUCCCGCGCAAACCCUCUGGAUCUUCACCUUUAGCCGGUAGACCCAUGAAAACCAUGACGCCAGAGAUGAAUCGGCGAAGCCAGACUUUGGGCAGGCACAUAGAUAUCAGCCUCAGGUCCCAAGACAACAGUCCCCACUCAUCAUCAGAUGAACUGAACAGAGGCCCCAAGAAAGGCUCAGGCUUUAGCCGGGAUGUGGAGCAGAGAAUAGGUCAGAGCCCCUCUACCAGGCCCAAGCCCUCUGUGAGACCUAAACCACUCCUGACCAAAUCAGAGCCCCAGAGUCCUGAGAGGAUGGACAUCAGUUCUCUGAGACGCCAGCUGAGGCCGACAGGUCAGUUUCGACAUGGCCUCAAACCUUCUCGUGGGGACGACUCUGAAACAGCCUCUGUUAUCUCGUCAGAGGACUCAAUGUGUUCGCGCAGUACUUCCGAUCUCUCCUCUGUUUACUCUAAAGGGAGCCGUGGUGACUCCGAUUUGGAAGGCCCCAGUAUCUACCGCUCCCUUGAUGCCUACAAGAAGGCCCAGGACUCCGAGGUCAGCUUUCCAGCUGGGGUUGAGGUCGAGGUUCUGGAGAAGCAGGAAAGCGGUUGGUGGUACAUCCGUUGGGGUUCUGAGGAGGGCUGGGCUCCCUCAUAUUACCUGGAACCUGUCAGACAAGUGGGUGAUGCUGGUGGUUUAGAAUCAGACGGACAUGGGAGUAGUGGAAGUAAGUCCAAUAGCCUGGAGAAAAACGAGCAGCAUGUUUUGGCCCUCAAUAACAUCAAUAUUCAGAGUCUGACCACACAGCAUCAAGGCUUGAGGAGGAACACUCCACCGAUUCCUUCCAAGCCUCCUGGUGGCUUCUCAAAGCCAUCUGGGAUGGUUAAUGGAGGUGUACGGAUGAGGAAUGGGGUACGCCAGGUGGCAGUGAGGCCUCAGUCUGUAUUUGUGACCACAACACAGCCAGCUAAGGACACACAUUACAUGACAGGGUCCCUUAGGCGAAAUGACUCACUUGGCAGGAGUGAUCACUACGGUUCUGGUUCUGCCACUCUUGGUGUCCGUCGAAAUGCCUCCUUCAGCACCGUGCGGCCACAUGUGGUUGUUGAAAGUCAGACAAGGCCUGCUGAGCACUCUAGCCUGGGGUCCUCAGGAAGUGGAUUCAGCACAAGCAAUGUCCAGGACGCUCUUAGAGUUAGUCAACGCAAUGGUAUCCCUGUGUCCACAGUCCGGCCCAAGCCCAUAGAGAAGAACCAACUGAUCCACAACAACCUUGGCAGGGAUGUGUACGUGUCCAUUGCUGACUAUCGUGGCGAUGAGGAGACUAUGGGUUUUACUGAGGGCACCUGUCUAGAGGUCUUGGAGAGAAACCCCAAUGGAUGGUGGUACUGCCAGGUGCAGGACAGCCUGCUUCCCCGCAAGGGCUGGGUCCCAUCCAACUACCUAGAGCGGAAAAAAUAAAACCAAUCUACAUCUUUCCCCUACCCUUCACCAUAGCUCCCCUUUUUGAUGUCUCCAAGGACAUGGGUGGCAUCACUCCUUAAGAAUGUUACCCACAAUCUCCCAUAAGCAAUAUGUCCUUGAAAAUGUACAUUUAUGAAAAGACUGUGUGUGAAAAGAAAGAUGUUUUAAUCUGAUAAGGAAGGACACUUUUAGUGCUGGUUUACUAAAAUGUAUACAAAGAGGAGUGUAAAGAUUUUAAGUAUUUUGCCUGGGAAUGAGAGACAAAUGUGGGAUUGACCACAUUUACGAAGGACAAUGUCUUUGAGAUAUGAAAUGGUAUGAUAACCUCUAAAAGAGGUGUUGCAUCAUGUAAUACAGAAGUUGAGCAGGGUAAUGGCUUUGCUUAUUCCUGCCCAUCACUGACUAUGAUGGCCAAUAAGUGCCUUUUGUAUUUGAUCACCUAAAUGGAAAUCCUAAAUGGUGGAUGGCAAAACAUUAAAUCAACCAAAUCUUUUAAAUGUGCCAUAGGCCUAUGAACACCACCAAGAGUAUUUCCAUAACCAAUUAAGUGCUCUACUAUAGAGUGCAAACAAAAUGGAAAGUUUCGAUUUGGAAUUGAUCCAAUACACAGUUAAAGAAGAUAGAAAAAUAGAGAUUUAAGGGACUCAAGUCACCAGAGAAUUUACUCAUCUUAAGCCACAGUCAUCAAGAAAACAAACCAACAUUUAAAUCUCUUUAUUAGUGGUUUUGUUUAGUUUCAUUGUUCAUGUUAUAAUGUCUUGUGUUGAUGCAAGUCUUCCUUAGAGAAUUAUUUCUGCUUUCUUGUGACAUCUAUUUUCCACCGACAGCCAAGAAUUGGAAAAGUGAAAGCUCCUGGCUCAUGUCUUGUACCAUCUGAAGUGACAUUGGCAAAAUAUACUGUAGGUGCUCAGGUUUCAUAAAUUGGCAUAGUGUUUUUGUAAUUCGUCCUCUCAGAGCCCCACAGAAAACAUUAAUAUUCAUGUUUUUGAUCUCAGAUAUCUGGGAUAACAAAUACAUGAUAUAACCUGUGAAGCUUGAAAAUACCAGUCAGAUAUUUUAUUUUUCUGGAAAAUCAAAGAAACAACUUAUAACUUGAGUGCUCUCCAGAACAAAACCACCUUAUUUGGGUAGCUGAAUAACUCAAAAGUUGGAAACAAUUAGUUUACAAAUGUUUAGGUAUACUGUAGUGUUUUUAUUUCCAGGAACAAUUGAUUUUGUAUAUAUUUUGUUUUGUAUUCAUAUAAUAAUACCGCUGUUGCGGAGAUGUAUUAAAUAAGUACUGGAAAUGCGGUGAAAUAAUUGAAUCCCAGGGACAUACUUGCAUAGCCCAAAAUGUGAUCAAACCAAAGAGGAAUAUCAUUCAUUGGCUGUUUUUUGAUAUUUUACUAUUUAUUUAUGGUACAAGUAAUGCAGUGUAUUCAACAAAAUGCCUAAAACGAGGUUUCUGAACUGAAAAAAAACCUUUUCCUAUCAAUACCUGGAAUCACUUGAGACAUUUUAUAACAACUACAGAUCCAUUGAAGCAAGAAGCAAAUUUUAACAUUAGAUAUUGCUGUGCAGUAUUAGUUACACCGUUAAAUUUAAGGUAAGAUAACUGAGUUGUUAUCUUAUUCGAAAGUUGUUUAGAUAUUUCUUUACAUCUUUUUAUAGUUAGGUGGGAUUUAAUAUAAAACAAAGAUCAUAUAAAUAAAAUGUAGCAAUCAUCUAAAAAUUGAGGUAGAAAACAAGUUAGAAAUAACUCCAAAAAUGCAGAAGUGAAAUAUUCAGAGCUCAUUUUCAAUUUUCAAGAUUCAAAUGGCUGAUGUUCAAGACUGCUGAAAUACAUUUUCUAAUGAACAGUGUGAGCUCUCCAUAGGAGACUGAACACUUAACUUUUCAUUAUGUUUCUGCUGGACAGUAUCAUAUUAUUAAACAAAGUACAGUACCUGCUAGAUCGCAGUUAUCUAUUUUAGCAAAAUCAUAUUUGACUUUUUUUUGUUUGUUAAAUUGUCUGUGAUCGCACAGUGACAAUAAUGAGGAAUGAAGUGGUUCUGUUUUGUGAAUUAGUGCACUUUAAAACUGUUUUUAUAGUGCAUUAAUGUAAAGAUGCAGUAAAUACCCAGCAUAUUAUUUAUGGUAUUGUUUUUUGGUAUUAUUUAAUUUCUCAAUUCUUUCUUUGCUCACCUCAAAUGAGAAAUUUAACUCUUUAAUACAAGAGUUCUCUUAGUGACAAUAAACAUACCAAAGUCUCUUUGAGUAGAAUUGGAGGAACAGAGACCUCUUGUGGAUGUUAAAAGGUACUACGACAUGAUUAUGUGAUUAUUUAUUCCAUCCACAAGGCUUACCAGCCAUCCUACCUCAGUGCAAUAAGAAAUGCACUGCUGGUCAGUGAGUCUGCCCAAAAACUGUACAGAAAUUUGAUGUUUUGUUUUUUUUCUUCAUUUUUUAAAAUCUCAGUGCAGCUAAAAAUAUUUUUGUAGCGCAUGUUUUGUAUUGGGCAAUAAUUUAUUUGUGAAAAUUUAAAACGUUUCUUUUUUUCUCUAUGCUGUGUGCUGCAACUUUAGCAAAUCAUGGGCACUUCCUUCAUCUUUAUUGUGCUUUACAUAAUGCCUGAUUUUAAGUAUAUUUAUUAUGAUUAGUUAUAUAUUUUAUUAUAGUUUGACAAUCAGCUUAUUCCCCCUUCAAAAUAUGACUGUAUGUCAUUAUACAGAUUAUUAUUGUUACACAAAUUGGACUUCAGUCAGCUUAAUAUGCAAAAUGCAGACUCAGCUGUCAAAAACAACAACAAAAAAAUCCUCAUUUAGUUGAUGAGAAUAUGAGGUAUACGCAUUUAUUUUAAUAGAUACAAUUUUUAAUAUGUUACGUUAACAUUAAUGAAAAUUAAACAAUUAGGAUGCUGAUACUUGCUGUAAGGCCACGCCCCCCCCCCCCUUCCCAUCCAGACGAAGGCAUUAUGUAAAUGUGUUGAAUCACUCUUUAACAUUUCGCUUCAGCACAUAUUAUUAUUGUAUGUUGCUUUGUUUGAUUGAGCUAAAUUUACUUGGCUGAAAUUGCAAGGGAAUCAUUUUGUGUCAAGCCUAUUAUUUAGCUGUGUUGCAUCUAUCUUUAUUCAUGCUUUUCCCUUUUUUCUUAUUACCUAAUUUUGCCCUUUUUGUCAAAUUCUGUACCCACGAGGAAAUGUGCAAUAGAAAAAAAUGCAACAUGCUUCAACAAGAGGAAAAAUAUUGCAGGUCUAGCAAAACAUAAACAAUGCCAUUACAUCUGUUGGGAGUAGAUAUCCCUGAUCAAACUGCCAGUCAUGAGCUUCUACCAUCAUUUCAAGCGUGUCAUAUUUCAGUCCGUCUAAAAGAGCAGAUGUGAAAGGUCCUAAAAGCAUCAGAAAACUAUGAACCACAGUCAUUGGACCAAAGCAGUCAUAUGUGACACCUCAUUAUCUCCUAACGUGAUGGACUUUUAUACUAACCAACAUGAGAAUCUCUCCUCCUCCUGCCCCGGAUCAACAGUGGACAGUGAUUUAUGAAUGGCAUGGCAUAAACCCACUGACCCAUUCUGUACUGACAUUACAGCCAUCUGGGUCUUCUUCACAGAUGGAGAGCCUUGGGCCCAUCAUCAGGGGCCUCAGCAGCCCUGCUCUGAGCUGUCACAUUCGUGCCUGAAUGGAAUUUUGAUAGUUUCUUGUUUUUGUGUUGUUGUUUUCUUUUUGUUUUCCCUCCGGAGUGUGUCCUCUCUCCACCUACGUGGAUGCCUCUCUUGACAUUUAUCCCACUGUUGUCAAACCAAGUCAGACUUUUUCCUCACGAAUCACCACAGCAAAAGGUGACAUUUGGAACCAUUUGUGACGGCGGGCAAGGAAACGUCAACAGGAGAGUGUCGGCAGUAAACAAGAGACCGGGGAGAUGAACGCUCCUUCAGGCCAUAUCAGUUCAAUCCUUCAACUUCCAGGAUGUACGCCAAAAAUAGAAAAACCUUUUUUUUUUCCUGAGCCCCAGGCAGGCCUUAUUGGUGUGAGCUGCAGGUGAAUACGUCAUUGUGCUAAAGACUCCCUGUAUGUACAACACACAGAGUUCUCUGUCUUGUCAGGGAGGGCUUGUGUGCAUUUUGUUUGGAUAGUUUGUAGUUAAACUCCACCUUAAAGGAAAAUUAUGAUAUUUCUCAACUUGGUUCACAUUCUCAUGAUUGUGACUUCUAGUUUCUGACUACUGGUCAUGCUAACGUGGUACUCAUCACCUCCUUUGUAAAGGUUUGACACGUGACUGCAGCAAAACAACAUAUAGCAAGGGCAAGCAUGUGCUGAAGCUCCAACCAGCUGGCUAACCAAGCUAGCUGUUUGGUUAGCUAACUAACAAACUAACUUUUCUUAUUGUUUCAUUUAUAGCAUUAUUGUAUUUCAACAGAGGUAAACACAUACUACAAAUAAGUCCUGAGAAGCUUUGACAUCUUUAUAGAGGGGGUUAAAGCUCCAUUUUCCUACGUUAUGCUGUCUUGCGGCAUGGUACUCUUGCUGACAUCCCGCAUUUGCCUCCAUUGUUUGUCUCCAUUUGAUUUAGCUCCUCACUUGAUUUGAAUAAUUAUAGUCAGCCACCAAAGUGAAUUUCAACAAAUCUUCUCUUGUUUGCUACUACUUCUCUAGCAUGAACUCAUGCUUAAUCAAGAGUGACUUACAUGUAAACAAACCGGGGUAUGCUUUUUAGGCGGCAUGUUGCCCUUGAAGUACAAAAGCUAAUCCAGGGAGCUAAUUUCAGUCAGACUCAGAGACAAGUAUUUAAAUGAUUUAUGUAAAACUAAAGUUUAUUUGGAAAGUUUUAGUAGGCUCUCUCGGCUUGUCCAGAUACAUGUUGUUUUGCUGGAAUUGUGUUUCCCAAAUCUCUAUAACUGAGGUGGUGAGUGCUAAGUUAGCACUCACCACCCCAGAUCACAAUUAUGAGAAUAAGAACCAUGUUAAAAAUAAACCCAAAACAAAACAGAAUUGCCCUUUAAGUUACAGUUUCCUUUUUCAAUCAUGGCCCACCAGUUCAGCCUGUCUCAGCUACACUGCUCUUGAACCUGUGUGCAUCCACACGGCAGAAUGGAAAUGGAAUUGGUGGAGGCAGUAUUUUUGCUUUCCACCUGCGCAAUGGAGUUUGUGUGCACAUACCAGCACACACUCUAUGAUGAGGAAUAGUCAUUCAAGCCAGAGGAAAUAUAUGAGUUUCUCGACAUAUUCCCGAAGGCCAGCCAGGUGAGACAGCUCCGCUACACUUCUACCCUGUGUCCCUCCCCGCUCUCUUUUUAUUUUAACAAAUGGCCAGGCAACCUCUCAGGCGUGAAGCACCUUAAACUCUGUAAUCCCAAACACUAGCUGCUGCUGCCAUAGCAUAUAACUCCUGGCUACACAACCUUUCUACUCCCCAGUUCUCUUCUUUUCUCCCCUUGCCACAUGAGGCGCUUUCGGACCAGAGGAACUUUUUUAUAGAACUGUUGGAGGAACUACCCCCUUUUUAUUGUUUCCGCACUGGAAGAUCUGGGAAUGAUCAUAGUUCUUAGGCCGCUGUUUUAAGGGACUUUUUUAGCUCCUACCAUGGUAGGUACUCUCCCAGCACAAGAGAAACCUUUAGUGAUGUAAGUGUAUGUUGAUUGGUCGAACACAUGAGCCAAUGCAGCACUGGCAACAACCAUUUUUAAAAACCUGUGUAAAAUAUUAGUCACGUAAAUAACAGCUCCUAAUGUUAGCCCUAAAAAAUGGAACAAAACAUGGACAAAUGGACUGACAAUGAAGUCCAGGCUUUAUUGAGCCUAUAUGCGAUGGAGGAAAUACAACGUGAUGGAGGAAAUACAGCAUGAUUUUGUUGUUGUUGUUGUAUCUCACGCAGAAGUAACGUUGCUACCAAUCGCCGGCUGGUUUCCGUUACUUCAGCAUUCCUAUUGGCGGUGCAAAUGCAAACGAAAAAAAAAAUACCUUUGAAGGUAUGUAGAUCUUGGGGGAGCUCCCCAGAGGGUAGUUCCUCUCAGGGAGUCCCCAGAACUGUUUGGUCCAAAAGCGCCUAUAUAUCCAUCUCUCUUCUUCCUCGACAUGGCCGAGUAGUCUGUUCCCGCUGCAGAAUGAUUGAGAUAUCUAGGAGGGUUUGGGGGAGUAUUUGUGUGUGUUUUGCAUGAUGAGAUGGAUUGUUUGUAGGUGCACUCUGGAGAAGAGAAGUUAGAGGUCAAGGAGGAGAUUUGUGAGAGUAGGAUGCAGGGAGACACAAGAUGGAUCAGAUAGUGGAUUGGAGGAGACGAGAUGAGAGGAGCCGUGCUUUGAGAGGAGAUGAAAGGUUAGUGGGUACUGUUCUGUGCUCUUAAAAACCAUCACCAUGAAAACUGAUUCCUUCCAACAGGGAGCCCGUUUUAUCAAACUCUUCUACCCACCUUCAGUCCUAAUGAGCACUCGGCUCCCGAACCUGAGCUGUGAAAUCUCAUUACUCCAAACAAUGUUUUAAUUGCAGCACUUGAAGUGUCUGAAGCUGCUCGCAAGAAACUGUAAGUCAGAGAGAGACAAACGAGUUCACACUACAGUAGCUCCUCUCAGCCUCAUUCUCUGUCUAUAGAAUAACUUUACAACUGAUCUUACAUCUGAUUUUAGCUUUUACUGUCAGUGUCUUCAGAUGUAGCCCUGAGGGUGUUGAGAGUUGAGCUGGGUGCUGAAUUACAAAAAAACUUUUUUGGAAUAAGACCAAAAAGGGCUUCAAAUGGUGUAGUCCUUGUCAGUUAUCUCUUAUUCCUUUGUGUGUUUGUUGAGAAAAUAAUUGAAUGUUGUUGAAAGUGUAACAUGAGUUGAGGGGUUUAUUCCCGUCUAAUGAAACAAGCUUUAAUUUAUAAUGGAAAGAAAUUUUAAAAAGUGUGUUGAAAUGGAAUCAAAAGUCAACAGCACCCAGCUCUGCAAUGGAGGGAUUGCUGAGUUAAUAAAGGGAGUUGUUUGAUAGAAGGAGGGGUAGGUUUGAUAAGAAAGUUUCAGUAAGUGUGUGGUAGCAGGUUGGAGGUAUUUAGGGGGAUGAUUUUGUAGGUUUUUAAUCAAUAUCUAGUUGUUUAAAUGUGAGAGAAGAAAUAAAAGAACAAGUGAAGCUGCGGGGCUUUUUCUCAAGCAGUUGGAUACAAAAAAAGAAAAAAAAAGAAAAAGAAAACAAAAUCCCCAGCCUUCGAAUCAGGAAAUACUGAUUAUUUAUGUCAUUCUGAAAACUUCCUCACAGAAUCGCAGCGGGCAUCAGUGGGAGCUGUCUCUGAGCUCCAGAAAAGAGGCUGUGUCGAGGAAUGAGGCACGCUGCUGUGUCUCUGUUGCUCUUUUCUUUGUCUCUGUUUGAAUCCCCGUUUCUAAUUAGCACAACAGUGUGUCUUAAUUAACCUUAGCCAGUCUGAUGAUAUUCCAGCACUAACAGCUUCCUAAUCAAGGAUAUUGUGACUGCCUUCUGCCUCUGGUGCUGGUUGGAGCUCACUCAGCCAUAGUUUUUGUGGUGGAGGCGAGCUGUCAAAGUGAUUGAUGUUGAGUGACAGCUGAGGUAGAUUCAUUGUAAGGUGGAGCCUGUUUAGCCUCAGUGUUGCAUUUAUAGAACAGAAUUUGUCACCACCCUGCUGUGGAGAGCAGUGUGCCAAAAAAACUUGGAAGCCCGAUGCCAUCAAACUCUUGAUGUGUAAAUUCUGAAAACGCCAUCUUCAAAAAGAAUCCGUUACCAGCAUGUCAACCACAUGAAAAAAUACAAUAACAACUACAGGCCUGGCGUUGGACCAAAGGAGGUGCUAUUCUUACUUUUUUUUCUCUCUUAUAAUUUUCUUUUUUAAUAGGCUACCAUUGUUAUGCAAAUUGUGUUGAACUCUUGCAAACUCCUUGUUUUCAAAAGAUAUGCCAUGAGGAAGCUAAGGAGGCUUUAUUCCACGGUACAUGUCAGUGAAUCAUCCAGUGAUGACUGAUCAGACAACAUCUUACAUAGUGACACAAACCAAUCUGUUCAAAACAUCUUCACACUGUACACUAGUACAUAAGGAUGAAUACAAAGGAAGAAAAUACUGUCCAAAUUCCUUUCUGAUUGGAAACAUUCUGCACAUGUGCAUUCCUUUUGAAAACAGGACAUUUUCUUAUCUACCGUUUCAUUUUGACGAGUCUUGUUCCUUUUUUUUGUAUCUUGUACAUGUUUACAUUGUAUCUCGCAUUGCCCAAAAAAGAGAAACAAUAUUAAAUGUAUUAUCUUUGUUGUUUUAAA